AAUCCUAGACUAUAUAAGAGACAUUUUAGACGGUUGCUGUUAGUUUUUGUAUAACCAUCGCAUCGUGGGGAAAUGGGGGCUAGCGGACCAAACCGUACAUACCUAUAUUUGGUGGCAAUUGCCGCUAAUAUUUCAGUCUUUGUCUGCGGUACUGCAUUCGGAUGGUCAUCCCCAGUAAUCCCCCGUUUAAAGAAUUUGGACGCUAGCCCGUUAGAUCAUGUUAUAUCAACAUCCGAAGAGGGAUUGAUCGCUUCUUUCCUACCGCUAGCAGCCGUCUUGGGACCCGUCCUAGGUGGAAUACUGGCGAGUAAAAUUGGAAAGAAGCUGACACUAAUAAUUGCAGUCACACCUUUCAUCAUUGCAUUCAUCAUAUUUACAAUUGCGACAAAAAUAGAACUAUUCUACUUUGGAAGAUUUUUAUGUGGAUUAGCAUGCGGUAUGACUUAUGUCAACAUACCCACUUAUAUUGCAGAAAUCGCCGACAACGAAGUAAGAGGUUCAUUGGGAUCUUACCUGCAACUUUUUUGUACCAUAGGUAUACUGUUUCCAUAUUCUCUAGGACCAUAUGUAACUUUAAAAUUAUUUAACAUUAUUUUACUCUUUCCUCCAACUAUAUGCAUAGUAUUGUUUAUUGUAUUCUUGCCUGAGAGUCCUUAUUAUUUAUUGCAACGUGGAAAAAUUGAACAGGCACUACAGGUUUUAAGUAAAUUAUCAGGGAAGCCGACUUCUAUUGCUGAAAAAGAUUUAGCAGAUAUGCAGGUACAGAUACGACAAGAAAGCGAGCAAAAAGGAGGUUUUGGCUUAAUAAUGAAAACUCCAGGACUUAGAAGAGCUUUGAUAUUAUCGUUGUGUUUAGUAAUAUUUCAACAAUUUACUGGAAUUAAUGUUGUUUUCUUCUUUACACAAACUUUGUUUGAGGAUGCUGGAGUUGCUUUGGCGCCAGAGAUUUGCACCAUCAUUGUAGGUAUUAUCCAAAUUCUGGCCAGUACUUUAAGUCCUUUAUUUGUUGAAAAAUCAGGAAAGAGACGUUUGCUUAUGAUUUCUGGUAUUGGUUCAGCAGUCAGUGUAGCAGUUUUGGCAAUCUAUUUCUAUAUUAAAGACGUUCUAAAAUCUGACACAUCAAGCAUAAGCUGGCUUCCCAUUGCUAGUCUUCUCGCAUUUAUCAUUGCUUAUAGCAUGGGUUUUGGUCCUAUACCUUGGGCCUAUAUUGGUGAGUUGUUUCCAGGAAAUGUUCAAUCGCUGGCUUCCACAAUUGUUAUUUCUCUUUAUUGGUUUUGCUGUUUUCUAACUGUAAACUAUUUUGGAUUUUUGACAAGUUUAUUAGGAGCAUAUGGAGCCUUUGGAUUCUUCAGUUGUUGUUCAGUUAUGGCUACUCUCUUUGUUCUCAAAUUCAUGCCAGAGACGACAGGACUAAGCUUACAAGAAAUACAAAUUUUGCUCACUAGUGGUAAGAUUACAUAUAAAGAGAGGGUUAAUCUAUAGUUGCUUACUUUCUUCUAUAAUGGUUGUUCCAAGACUCCAUUUUCUGCUUUUAUAUAUUUUCUGUAUUAUGAUUAUCAACAUCAUCUUGACAAUACUAUCUUUGUAUAUUUAUAUCUCUUUCUUCAAAAUUUAAAUCAAAUGUUUUAAAUUUGUGUAACUGUUAUUUACGAUUAUUCAUAGUAACAUUGAAAAUGAAAAUAAACGAUGGAGAAAUAUCGUCUUUUGGCGUGAUGUGAUAGCUUGAAAUUUUUGGAAAUUUGAAGUGACGUGACAAAGCCAGAUGACAGGUUUCGUGCAGGAAUGACCAAUGAUAUAAAAAACAUGAUAAAAUCGUUAUUUUUAAAAACAAUCCAUUUCUUAAUGUGAAGUGAGGGGAGCCACAUUCAAUAACUUCUUCUGACUUGAGAUCAGAUUUGAUUAUACACAAUAUCUUCUCUUUUAAUUAAUAGGUAAACUCGUGAUCUCUACCACUAAUUGCUAAAUACUAAUAUCUAAGACCCAAUUCAAGGAGUGUCAUAGAUUGUAGUCCUACGUAGAUUGUCCAUCGUGAUACGAGAAUGAUUCUAUUUUAAGAUAAUUAUAUGUUAUCAGUCUUGAUUUUAAGAAUAAGGAUAAUGUAUAUGUAAAUAUGUACAAAUGACUUACUUUGUGAGAUUUUUUAUUGAGUAUACUACUCUGAAAUAUAUGUAUAUAAUUUGAAAA